AUGUCGUCACCUUCUCCAGCUGGAUCGAAUCCCUCGUUCUCGAUGUCCGCAUACAUGGUCCCCUCCAGACAGAACUCAUACUCCGAGUCGGACGAUGAGAUUGCCUCUCUUCCUUCCGAGUCUACAACCGACUCCGACCUCGACACCCUAUCCGAUGACUUCUCCGAUGCCGAGGCAGAAUGGCAAGAAAGUAUUGAGCAACUGGAGCUGCUUCUGAGCAUGGUCCUGGUACCUUUUAUCGGGAAAUACCUAGGGCGACGAUGCGCAUAUUGGAGUUGGACGCGAUUUAUGCAGUGGAAAUACCCGGUUGAGGUGGUAAUAAAGAACCCAGCUGCCUUCAAGGCAGCGGGUGUCAUCGAGGCGGCUGCCACUCUAUGA